AGAAUUAAAAGAAGUGUUGGAAAACACAAUCUAUGUUUUAGUCCCUUGCAUGCCGGGAUAUGUAACCAAUGAAUCCCGCCAUAUUGUUUAUUAUGGAGACGGCGAAGAGGUCCAAAAUGUGAUUUCCAAUGUAAAUAAAGACCUCUUCUCAACAAACUUACCAUGGGAGACUCCCCAAGUGGCAAAAGUGGCAAAAGUCUAGAUGCUAAAAGUAUUACCAGCAGAGCUUCUAUAAAUGUUAAAUUACCAUCAGCACAAAGUGAUGAAUUCAAAAGAAAAUCUGCAAGUCCAACUAGGAGUCUUCAUGGAGAUUUUGUAGCUACAUUGGAAGGACAAGAGUUUGGCAGAGCGAGACCAUUGACAACAACGCCUGUCAGUGUUAAAGAAUUUGACCAUCCAAGCAGAGCAAAAUCCAAUUCUAGACUCAUUCAGGCUCAAAGAUCGGAAAAAGAACUUAUUCGACAAGCAGCAGCUACAAUCAUUGAGAGACAAUGGAUUGCCUUCAGAGACAGACAAAUGUUUAAACUAUUAAAACAUGCUGUUUGUGCUGCAGAAAAUUCAUUGUCAAAAGAAAUUUUGAGAAAAGUAUGCCCGAAAGAAGCAGAGUUUUUAGCUGAUAAAUUUCAACAAGUCAGAGUUAGAUUCAGGUUUGGAGGACCAGAAUUUCCGCCAAUGAUAUUUUUCAAGAUUUAUAUCCACACAGAAGGAAAAGGAUUAAAGUACAUGAGUGGAAGAAGAAUUAUAAAACCUGCAUCUGAGGCAUCGGAAGAUUCUUUACGGAAUAUGGGAAACAGAAAAUUCUACGACCAAAUGUUACAAGACGCCAUGUUUCAACAACAAUAUAAGAUAACUGACGAAGUUGAUGUUACUACACUUAAAGAUUAUAUGCAGUAUUUAGCAAAUGUUGAUGAAUCCCCUGCUACCAUGGGUGGAAAGGAAAACUACUGGAGGAAGCUAACGUUAGAUGAUUUGUCUAGAAGAACAAUAUUUUAUGAUAUUGUUGAUUAUUUAUAUAAUCAAAGAAUGUCACCACAGCUGCAGUUAGAAAUACCUGUAUUAGUUCAAAGACCUGUUUCACAAGAGAUUAAACGUCAGCAUAUUCGAGUUAUAUCAGAAUUACGGUCUGCAUCUAUACCUCAAGUUCCAAUGCACACUCCUAAAUCCAAACAUUCACAGUCAUUCAGUCAACCAUCUAGUCGUAGAUCUAAACAAGCCAGGAAUAGGGCUCUCAAACUUAGGAAAAUGUAUGGUUUAGACAGGGAGGGAAGUAAUUUAAAGUUAGAUUCCCGAGAGCCAACAGCUGUUUCAGAAGAACCUGAUGACUAUUUUGAUAAAUACGGUAUCACUGGUGACGACGGAGAUGGAGAAGAAUGGGAAAAAGAAGCUAGUAAACUUUAUGAAUGGACACAAGAAUUAUCAUUCAACGAUGACUUAAUAGCCACACCCAGACUCCCAACAGGAAUGAUUAUGUCCUAGCAUUUAGUUCACUGAUAUCAGACUUCAAUCAAGUCAUGUGAUGUUUAUAUGCUUUGAUAGCAGACAUUAGAAGUGUCAUCAAAAGUUGCAUACAGCUAUGAUUGAAGUGAUUUGGGUUUUAUAAUUUGGAUAAUGCUUAUUGUGGCAAUAGUGAAUAACUAGCUUUAAGAGUAUACCCAAAAUCAGUAACAUGAGAAAUGCACAUUUUCUUGACAAGGAAAAUCUUAGAAUAAGAAUUUGAGCUUUAUUAGUGAAUCAGUUGAUCUGAUGUCUGUGUACAAAAUCAUUUGUUAAGAUUUGCAUUUUUCUAUUUUCAUCUGUGAUUAAAAAUGUCAGACGUACAUUUAAUUCUCCAUUCCUAGACCUUUUUAUCAUUCCUUUUAAAGAUUUUGUAUGACAGUUUAGGGAUAUAAUGAGACAUUGAUUAUGUAACUGUUACAGUACAAAUUUGUUUAUUAUUGUUAUUAAAUAUUUAUUGAUAAGAAUUUGGAAUUUGUAUUUGUUAUAAAUAAUAUACUUAUGUUAUGUGUAAUUAUUUACAUCUAAUUAAUAUAUGCAUAUUUACACAUAAAUAAUUGUGUGUUUUGCAAUAGGAAAACUGGACAUAACAGCAGAAAUAUUUUUGAAAAUAAACCCAAGAAAGUUCUUUUUUUGUAGAAAAGAACUCUUAAUUCCGGCUGGAAUAUUCAUAUAUGCACAUUCUCAAUUUAGUUUAAGUUCAAAUAUGUAUUACACAUCUGAAUGACUGAUAAAUCAUUGUUCUAAAUAAGUGCUCUGUACAGUACUGGGAAAUAAUGACCAGGUUUUGAUCCAGGAGAAAAUUUCUUCAUACAAAGUGCUAGGAAUAAAGGAUAUAUCAUGAAUUGCAUUUUUAGUGUGUGAUACUCAUAUACAUCUAUUUAUAUUUUCAUAUAUAUAUAUAUAUAAAAAAUAAUAUAAUGUUGACAAAAUGUAUGUAUUCUUAUGGUGCUUCAUAUGAUACUGCUGAAAAUAGAUUUUUGUUAAUUUCAAUAAUUGUGAUAUUUAGAGACUGAUAUACACAUAUGAAUAUUUUUACAUUUAUAAUAAAGAACAUGUGUUUGUUUUCUGACACUUAAAGUGUUGAUAAAAAGCAUAUUUAUAACUACAUACUUUUUGAUUUGCUGUCCAUUCAUAUAAAGCUCUACUGGUUGCUUUGUAAAUGUUGUAAUUUGAUGUAAUUUGAUGUGGUAACUUUACAAUACUUCUGAAUGGAUUAUAAUUGACAGUAUUGUUAUUUCCACACUUACAAGUGAAUCUUUGUUCUGUUACUAAUUGGUAGAAUGUUCCCCACCCAUUAAAACUGUUUAUCAUAAGGUUCGCUGUUGAAUUUACCAAUUGACUGAUAAAAGUGUGGAUAAUGAACUUUUUUGUGGCAAAAUACAGUUGUUUUUUUAAAUAUGGAAAAAGAAACUUUGCCCAUGGAUGUCUUGAUUCUCAGUUUUACUCUAGAUCACAAGAAUUCUGUAGAAACAUGUCUAAAUUCUCCAUUUUACUCUAGAUCACCAGAAUUCUGUAGAAACAUGUUUAAAUUCUCAGUUUUACGCUAGAUCACCAGAAUUCUGUAGAAACAUGUUUAAAUUCUCAGUUUUACUCUAGAUCACCAGAAUUCUGUAGAAACAUGUUUACAUUCUCAGUUUUACUCUAGAUCACCAGAUUUCUGUAGAAAAUGGGUAAAAAAACAAGAUCAAAUAAACGUUUAUUUUUAAUAUAUUAGGGUGUAAUAAUCUCAAACUUGUGUUAACUAAGUACAUCACAUAUCAUUUUUUACCUGUAAUCUUUUUUGCAUUUGUUAUGGUUCUGAUGUUAUUUGUUUUUUAUAAUGUAUGACAUUAAAUUUUUUUU